AUGGAACAGAAAAAAGGAGUUGGAACAACAAUUGGAGCUAGAGUUUACAUUCUUGUUGGAACAGUUGCUAAAGAGCAAACAGGGCCUGCAAUCACAAUAUCAUUCCUCAUAUCCGGAAUAGCAGCUGGACUUUCAGCAUUAUGUUAUGCAGAACUCGCAUGUCGUUGCCCAUCUGCAGGGAGUGCAUAUCACUAUUCUUACUUAUGUGUUGGAGAAGGUGUUGUUUGGUUGAUUGGUGGAGCAGCAGUAGCCUAUGGAAUAUCCCCAAAUAUGGCUGUGUUUUUUAGAGGUCCAGAUAAGCUUCCUGCUUUCUUAAGUCGACCCACCAUUCUAGGAAUUGUAGUUGAUCAUUGUGCUGCUGUUUUAGGCUUCAUUAUAACCGGACUACUUUGCACUGGAAUCAAAGAUUCAUUGGCUCAAGGCAUAAUCACAACAAUAAACGUUGUAGACUUGCUUUUCAUCAUAGUAGUUGGUGGAUACAUAAGUUUCAAGACUCAAUGGGUGGGAUAUAAAGUUCCAGGCGGGUAUUUCCCGUAUGGAGUUAAUGGAGUACUUGUUGGAUCUGCAACCGUUUUUUUCUCAUAUGUUGGUUUUGAUGCAGUAACCAGCAUAGCAGAAGAGGUGAAGAAUCCUCAGAGAGAUUUACCUAUUGGGAUUGGGGUAUCAUUGUUUACAUGCUGUGUUUUGUAUAUGCUUGUAUCUGCUGUUGUGAUUGGUUUGUUGCCAUGUUCCCAAUUAGACCCUGAUACCCCUAUCGCCUCUGCUUUUGCUAGUUAUGGAAUGAAUGGAGCAGUAUCUGUUACUGCACUCUGUGCUGCUUUUGGUUGUAUCAUUAUUUGA